CUUCUGCUGCUCACCUUCAUUGCUGAACAUGGAAUGUUGGAGGAGCGUGUCGUUAUUAGCGCUGUUUUGAUUUGAGAAAGCAAGCAAGCAAGAUAUACUUGACUCAACUAAAGAAACAAGUGCAACAAUGUUUCAGAGCCAAACUCCCACAUGGUCAAACAUGCCGAAGACCUAUGGGCUCACUGGUCCUAUCAGCGAGGAUCUACCUGAAGAGGAAAACUUGAUCCAGACCAGAAAACUGUUAGACACUAUGAAAUCCUACAAUGUAUAUGAAAACAACUUAGAAUUUGAGCACAGAGAAAGGGUUUUCAGAAGACUGGAGUCCCUCUUUAGGGAUUGGCUCAAAGAAAUAUGCAUAGAAAUGAACGUACCUGAAGUGGUUACAGAAAAAGUUGGAGGCAAGAUCUUCCCAUUUGGCUCGUAUCAUCUGGGAGUUCACUCAAAGGGUGCUGAUAUUGAUGCUCUGUGUGUCGGACCUGGAUUCCUUGAGAGAAAAGCCUUCUUCACGUCCUUCUUUGCAAAGCUGAAAGCUCAGAAGGAGGUCAAAGACAUACAGGCCAUCGAAGAGGCUUACGUCCCGGUCAUCACACUGUCCUGGGAAGGGAUACAGAUUGACUUAGUCUUCGCUCUGCUGUCUCGGAGGAGCGUUCCUGAUAACCUUGACCUUCUCAAUAACAGCAUAGUGAAGGACAUAGAUAUACGCUGUGUCAGAAGCUUCAACGGCUACAGAGUUACAGAACAGAUUCUCAGGCUGGUACCCAAUGUUCUCAACUUCAGGGUUGCUUUAAGAGCCAUCAAACUAUGGGCCAAACAGCGUAACAUUUACUCCAACAAGCUGGGUUUCUUGGGCGGUGUAUCGUGGGCCAUAAUGGUAGCCAGGAUUUGUCAGGUGUACCCAAAUGCUACCACUUCUACCCUGGUGAUAAAAUUCUUCAAGAUCUUCUCCAUGUGGGUGUGGCCGAUCCCAAUCCGCUUGAUAGAAGUAGAAAAAUGCAACUACAACCUUCCUUUUUGGGAUCCCAAGGUCAAUCAAAGUGACCGCUGUCACCUGAUGCCCAUCAUCACCCCAGCGUACCCGCAGCAGAACACCUCAGUUAACGUUUCUCGGUCCACGCUCGCCAUCUUGAAUGAGGAGAUUCAUCGAGGUCACGCCAUCUGCCAGGAAAUAGAGCAGAAAAAAGCAAAGUGGUCUGAACUCUUUGAACAAACAGACUUUUUCCAGAAGUACCAGCACUACGCUGUGUUGGAAGCAUCUUAUACUACAGAAGAGAAGUGUCUCGAAUGGGUUGGCCUCGUGGAGUCGAAAAUCAGAUUACUGGUGUCAACUUUGGAGAGAAAUGAGCUGGUCUCCUUGGCCCAUGUUCACCCACACGCCUUUCCUGGGCACAGAAAAGCGAAUAAAAAAGAUGGACCGAGCACAAUGUGGCUCAUUGGACUUGUCUUAAAUGUGAAAGACUCUGAAAGAUGUCAAAUAAAUCUAGAAUGCAGCUUCGAAACCUUCACUAAUAUCGUCAACAGCCUGGCCAGGAGCUCUGACAUAUAUGAUGAAGGGAUGUCCUUAUCAGUCGCAUGCCUAAGGAGGGAAGACCUCAUUUAUGAGCCACAGCAGAGAGCUCCCCAACCCUCUGAAACACUGCCGCCUUGUCACGUCUCACCUGUCAGCGCUGACAAACAGGGCACGAAAAAGAGAGAACUACUCCAUAGAUCUGAGACACCAUCCAAAAAAAUCAAAGAUGACAAGAGUCUGCCCGUGGACCAGCUGUCCAACGUCACUGGACCUUCUGCAUUUGCGAAACCCGCCGUCAGCCUUACAGCCCCCAGGCAGACCACUUAAUUGCCACCGGUUGAAUCGCUUUCUGCUUGCAAAAUAAAUACAUAAAAAUAAAAUACUCCAUCU